AUGUCCUUUCUUCAAUACCCUCCUGAUAAGAAAAUCUAGAAUUACUAAUUUAGUUUCAAGGCAAAAGUAGGAAAAGGAGCUUACGGAACUGUUUAUGCUGGCAAGAAUAUGAAUGACAGUAAAAUCAUUAAUAAUAUUUAAUUCAGAUAAGAUUGUAGCUUUGAAAAUUAUAGAUAAAAAAAUAUUAUAGACAGACUAUGCCAAUUAAUUAAUAGCAUCAGAAAUUGAGAUUAUGAAACUCAUAGAAGAUAAAAAUAUUGUCAAAUUAAUUGAUGUCUUACAAAGUGUGAAUAAUACAUAUAUAAUUACUGAGUAUUGUAAUGGAGGAGAUUUAAGGGAGUAUUUAAAAAAAAGAAAGUAUUACUUUUUUAUUAAAAUUAGAUUAAUCUCUGAAGUUGAUGCUAUGAAUAUAUUUAGGGAUUUGCUUCAUGGCAUAAAAGCCUUAUUGAAAAUUGGUAUCAUUCAUAGAGAUAUAAAACCUGCAAAUAUCAUGAUACAUGAUGGAGAGUUUAAAAUUACUGAUUUUGGUUUUGCUAAAUAGGUUGAUUCACAUAUAGAUGCUAUAAUGAAUUCUUUGGUUGGUACUCCUCUUUAUAUGAGUCCAUAAAUUUUAAAAAGACAAUCAUAUACAUCUAAAUGUGACAUAUGGUCAUUAGGUUUAAUUUUAUAUGAAUUGCUUUAUGGCAUAACUCCAUGGCAUUCUUCAAAUCUUGUUGAAUUAAUGGCAAAAUUGGAUUCCAAGGUAUUAUAUUAUAUUAUUUCAAGCCCUUAGAUUUUCCCUGCUUUCCAAGAGUAAGCGAUUAAACUAAAUAGAUAAUUAGAAGUUGCCUCUAAAUAUAUGAAGAUAAAAGAAUUUCAUGGGAUGGUCUAUUUGAAUUAACAAAUACUUAAGAUUUAAUCAAUAUUCCAAACUAAAGUAUGCUACCUCUAAUUUAAAAACAUCCUAUACAAUAUUAAAGUUAGCAAAACUAAUAAAAUAAUUAAGCUACUGAAAAUAUUGAAAAAGGACCACAUCAAAGAACUAAAUUAAGAACUGAAAGUAUGGGAAAUUGCAAUUUCACUAGUCGUCAUAAUAGAAGCUUAAGUAAUGCCAAUAAUCAUGAUAAGGAUAAAUCAGAUGAAAGAUAAAAAGUUAAAUGCACAACUCCAAAAUUAUCUUAUCUUUAAAAAGUCACACCUUAAAGACAAACUACAACUAUUACAUCAGAUUCUGAAAGAGAAAGGAGUAAUUCAAUAAUUAAGUUUGCUAAUAAAAAACUCAGUUUAAUGAAGUAUUUGGAAAAUGCCCAUACAACACCAUAAGAUUAAAAAGAUAAUAAUGAGUAGAGUAAAUCUCCAAGCUAUCUCUAAUCUAAAUCAACUAAUACAUCUAAUAGACAUAUUUAAGACUAAGAAAAUUCAUCAAAUAAAACUAAAGUAACUGAAUUUUAGAUUGAAGAAAAGACAAGAGAUCCAAUCAAUAAUAUUAUGAAUAAUGGAUAUUAUAAUUUCAAUUAAAAUUCUAAAUUAAAGAGAACUUUUAGUAAUAAUUUCAAAGAAAAUAGUUUAUCUCCUAUGGGUUAAAAUUAACAUGGGAUAUAACAAUUAUUAAAAUUAAUAUAAAAUCAAUAUGACUUAAUACCAAGUCAUUUUAUAAUUAAAAAAUAGAUUGAAUAAAUUAUUGGUUAACAUAGAACUAAGAUUAUGUAAACAAAAGAUUUUCAAUAUACAUUUGAAGAUACUAAAGAAUUAAAAAAAAUAAUUAAUAGGUUAAUUGAUUAUUUAAAUGAGCAUCCUAAUGACAAUUUUGCCAUUUAAUUAUCAGUGAUGCUAUUAUUAAUUAUAAACUAUAAUUAAGUUGUGAAUUAUUGCUUAUAAUAAAAAUCCUCAGAUUUGUCAAAAACAUUAUUAGACUUAAUUAAGAAAAAUUAAAGUAUUUAAUAAAAAUAAUUAAUUCUAAAUCCAGCAUUUUUAAGAGAAAAUAUAAAUAAAUAACUUUUAUGA